GCCGCAUACCUAUUUAUCGCCCCCCGCAGCCACGGCCGCCCUCAACUUCAACUCCAACUCCAACUCCUGCUCGGCUCCUCUCCUUCCAUCUCUCGCCGCCGGCCACCGGGAACCCUCCCGUCCGUCGUCGCAAUGGCCGCCACCAACGGCGCCGGUGCCGACCCCGUGCACGAGCCUCCCCACAAGAUCACCAAGAUCGCGCCGCUGCUCAAGGUCAAGAAGCUCUCCGACAAGGCCAUCCUGCCGUCCCGCGGCUCCGCCCUCGCCGCCGGCUACGACCUCUCCAGUGCGGUGGAGACGGUCGUGCCGGCGAGGGGAAAGGCGCUGGUGGCCACCGACCUAAGCAUCGCCAUCCCGGAGGGCACCUACGCGCGCAUCGCGCCGAGGUCGGGCCUGGCGCUGAAGCACGCCAUCGACGUGGGCGCCGGGGUGAUCGACGCCGACUACCGCGGCCCUGUGGGCGUCGUGCUCUUCAACCACUCGGAGGCGGACUUCGCCGUGAAGCCUGGCGACCGCGUUGCGCAGAUGAUCGUCCAGGUGAUCGCGACGCCGGAGGUCGCCGAGGUGGAGGACCUCGACGCCACCCUCCGCGGGGAGGGCGGGUUCGGGUCCACCGGCGUCUGAGCUCCCCGCCUUGGUAGAUAAACCUAGAUAACUGGUUUGUUGUUUAGGAUGGUGGUGGAACCCUACCCUAGGGGAAGGUACCCACCUUAUUGAUGGUCGUGUCCGUCCGAUGUUAAAUGGAAUCUCGUGAUCUCUCCCAGUUUAGACUUUUGGAGAGAAGUUCAUGCUGCAAAUCCAUGAGCGCUGCAAGUGUUAAGAUUGUUCUGAACGUGUCA